AUGUGUGGGAGGGAAGGGGGCGGGGGACGAAGGACUGCCUCUCAGGUAGGAGCCGCUUUAAAAAAAGGCACAGCUGAGGAUCGUGGCACAGCAGAUCCUGGAGCUGCAGUCCAUCCAUCAACCGUAGCAGUGAGGAGCAGUUUGCCCUUUAACGAUGAUCAAGGCGGUGUUUUCUGUGCUCUUGGUCCUGAUGGCCAUUUCCUCAACCUUUGCCAAAUACAUCCCCAAAACUGGCAAGAGGAUUCCACAGACUCUGUCCAGAGGUGUGUGGCAGCCCGAGGCACGUCUGGAGGGUGGGGUGAUCAGCUGAUCUGGGCUCAGACCUAUGAGGAGGCUCUCUUUUGGUCCAGGUCAAGAAACAAGCCUCUAGUGGUCCUGUUUCACCUGGAGGACUGCCCACACAGCCAGGCGCUGAAAAAGAUGUUCUCUGAGGACGACCAGCUCCAGAAGAUUCUGGAUGAGGAUUUCAUUGUCCUCAAUCUAGUGUAUGAAACCACAGACAAGCAUCUCUCUCCUGAUGGACAGUAUGUCCCACGGAUUCUUUUUGUGGACCCCUCAAUGACAGUGAGAGCUGAUAUCAAUGGUCGCUAUGCCAAUCGCUUGUACGCUUAUGAACCUAGCGACAUCACCCUUUUGAAAAGCAACAUGCAGAAGGCAAAGAAGCUCCUGAAGUCAGAGCUGUGAGCACCAGGACUCACCCUGGGAAACAAAGCUUCUGAUGGCACACGCAGAAGUUUACAUGUGGAACAUUUCCUCUCUUCAGCUUUAGCCUCAAUGUUUUUGCCUGAACUGCCAUACCGAUGUUCCAUGCGUCUGUUUUUGCUAUCACCAUCUCUGUUUUGAUUAAAUAUACUUUUGUUCAGACAGCCGGUUUACUUUUUAGUUUUUCUUGGUUAUUAACAUCCCUUGGGACAUUUCCUUUAAGUGUUAAUGUAUCUCCAGUGUGGCAUGAAAACCAAAAAUCCUCCAUUGUAAUAUUCUGUGUGCAUGACGGAUCUGAGGCAAAUUAGAAGUCUGGGAGGGCUACAGAAUGAACUCCAAUAGUAGGGAAGCAGAGUAUGAUGCUGCUCAGCCAGCUCUCUGCAUCUGAUCUAUUCAUCAACUGUAUGCAUUUCUUUAAGGCCACAACAAUAAACCGCAUACAAAA